CGUAACCCUACUUUUGAUCGAUAGAUGGCGUGCUUCCGCGCCGUGUAUUUAAAUUCUUAAUUUUCCUAUUGGUUUGGGAGAACCACGUGACUCCUUUCAUACGUACGCCACAAGUCUUGUUUGGCGGGUACAGCAUAGCGUGUCUUGGAAGUUGCCACAGAAAGACGUUACAGAAUGGCUGGUGGAAAAGCAGGAAAGGACUCGGGGAAGGCAAAGGCUAAAGCUGUGUCGCGCUCGGCGAGAGCCGGGUUACAGUUUCCUGUUGGACGAAUACAUAGACAUUUAAAGAAUAGAACAACAAGCCAUGGACGUGUGGGAGCAACGGCAGCCGUGUACAGUGCGGCAAUUCUGGAAUAUUUAACAGCUGAGGUUCUUGAGUUAGCUGGUAAUGCGUCAAAGGAUUUAAAAGUGAAGCGUAUUACUCCCCGCCAUCUCCAGUUGGCCAUCAGAGGUGAUGAAGAAUUGGACAGUCUGAUAAAGGCAACUAUUGCUGGAGGAGGUGUCAUUCCACAUAUCCAUAAGUCACUGAUUGGGAAGAAAGGUUCACAGAAACCAGCAUAAUUGUGGUUCCAUAAAUAAGUGCAGUUCUAUUUUUGUGAAGACAAAGACCAUGAUUAGUGGCUGUCUCUUAGCCCAAGGAAGACUAAAAGAGUGUGUUAUAACUCUGCAAUGUGUUUUUCUUGUGAGGCAGGUUUUUUCUAUCUCUUUUUGUAUGCAAUGUGUCGGGGAUCAGAGUGAAGUAUGGAUUGCCAGGUAUGCUAUUGGCGGCACAUUUUGAGUCACCUUGAGUCUCACAAUUUCACCUUUGAGUCUCACAGUUUUACAAACUUCACUCUGGAUUUCAUAAGUGAUGCUGUCAAAACCAAACAAGUAGCUAGUAAAAAAUGGAAAUGACCAACCAUUGAAUCAGCAAGACUUCAUGUCAAACAUGAAAUAUUAUGUUGCUGUUUGCUUGAAAGGUGACUCAUGAAACUACAAUAAUUUUUUACUAGUUAUUUGUUUGGUUUUGACAGCAUCACUUAUGAAAUCCAGAGUGAAGUUUCUGAAAUUGUGAGACCCCAGAGAGUUUUUAAAAUUGAAUAGUGUUACCUAAUGAAAAGAGAAUGUCAUAUUUUAGUGUGAUAUUCACACAUAUUGUUCCCCCUAAUUAAUACACUUAACAAAUUUUUCUCAUUUAUUCAUUAGAUUGUAGUUUCAUUCAUUACAUGAGUUGACAUUGUUGUUAAAAUUGUCAAGUACUACAUCUGUAGGAAAUAUAUUCAUUUCACAGUCA